AUGGCUAACUUCGUUAUUCCCAAGUUCCAAACUGCAGCUGUUGUAGAUCACAGCGGUGCGGACAUACGGAUCGACCACGAAUUCCCGGUCAAAUCCCAGGAAGAGCUCCUCCCCGGAGAAUGCCUGGUCAAGCUUGACUGCUCUGGUGCCUGCCAUACUGACCUACAUGCCGCGCUCGGAGAUUGGCCAAUUCCUGCUAAAACGCCCCUCAUCGGAGGCCACGAAGGCGUCGGCAUCAUUGUCGCAAUCGGCAAUAAUACUGCUCAUUCACCGGUCAAACUCGGUGAUCGUGUUGGUAUCAAGUGGCUUGCCGAUUCGUGCUUAAACUGCGAAGACUGUAGGAAAGGCCGAGAACAGAACUGCAAGGAAGCCAAACUCAGCGGUUUUACUGUCGACGGAACUUUCCAAGAAUACGUUGUCUCAUUCGUCAACCACGUCACCCCUAUUCCCGCUAACAUUCCUAGCGACGAGGCAGCAUCAGUCCUGUGCGCAGGUGUGACAGUUUACCGCGCGAUAAAAUACAGCCAGACCAGCCCUGGAGACUGGAUUGUUCUACCAGGUGCAGGAGGAGGUCUAGGACAUCUCGCUGUACAAUAUGCCCGCGUCCGUGGCCUUCGUGUCAUCGCCGUGGACACUGGUGACGCCAAAAAAGAAUUGUGCCUCAAACUAGGCGCAGAAAAAUGGAUUGAUUUUAUGGAGUGCAAAGAUAUCGUAUCCGAGAUCACAUCGAUCACCAACGGAGGUGCACACUCGGCCGUCGUUACCUCUGCUUCCGGUGCAGGAUACAGACAGGCUGUCGACUACCUUCGCCCCGGAGGAACUCUUAUGGCAGUGGGUCUACCUGGGAAAGCCACUUUAGAAGCAUCGAUCUGGUUUACGGUGUUCAAGAGUAUCAGCAUCCUUGGCUCGUAUGUGGGGAACAGGCAGGAUGCCGUGGAAGCUAUAGAUAUCGCUGCACGGGGUCAGGUCAAAGUGCACUUUACCACGAAACCCUUGAAAGAUCUAGAAAACGUCUACGAAGGAAUGAAGGCUGGGAAGAUUGCAGGCCGAAUCGUUUUGGAUCUGGCUCAGAAGUAA